AUGGUCGUCAUAACACGAAAGAACUUCACCUCCAAAUUCCACAAUGACACAUAUCCGGCCUUGCAGGAACGGCUGAAAAAUGCGGAUCUGGCAGGCAAGGUAGCCUUCAUCACAGGAUCUGGAACGGGCAUUGGAGCAGCGACGGCGCUGUCUCUCGCGAGAGCAGGGGCAAAGGCCGUCUUUCUCUGUGGUCGUACACCCUCGACCCUCGAGGAGACACAACAGCGGAUAUCGAAGGAGUGUCCAAAUGCUAUUGUCGGGAAGUUUGUCUUCGAUGUUAGUGAAGGGCUUGAAAAGGCUCGCCAGGUCUUCACGGAAGCGUGCAAGAUCGCUGAUGGUCCACUCGACAUUCUGAUGAACAACGCCGGAUAUAUCGCGUCCAUGCCAACGACACCAUCUCCGAGCGGCAACUGGGAUUUUGAGAAGUACUGGAGACACUUCGAAGUCAAUGUGAAGGGACCACUGGCCCUCGCGACGGCGUUUCUCGAACAUGCGUCGGAACGCCCCACGCUUCUAAAUAUCUCAUCCGGCGCGGCCGUCAUCGACUUCGUGGCCGGGUUGUCUGGGUACGGCACGAGCAAAUUGGCCGCUCUCAAGAUGUUCAGCUACCUUUACCACGAGCAGGCCGAGCGUGGUCUCAAGGUGUUUCACGUCCACCCAGGAAUCGUGGCUACUGCAAUGGCCAAGGAAGGGAAAUCAGUUUGUGAUGACACUGCCGAACUCGCUGCAGACUUCCUCGUCUGGCUAAACGCCCCUGAGGCGGCAUUCCUUCAGAACCGAUUUUUAUACGUGAACUGGGAUGUGGACGAGCUGCUGGCAAAGCGUGAGACCAUUGUGGCCCAGGAUCUCCUGACCCCGGGGCUGCGAGGGUGGGAUUCAACGUCCAUGUAUUAG